AUGGUAUUAGAAAUAACCAUCCCAAACGAACAAAUACAGCUAAUUAAACCCAUCAAGACAGCGCUGGAAGCACAUGAUAAUUUCAUUAAACCAAUCCUUACACAUCCAUCGUCCCCAUCAUGCAAAGUCAUUAGAACUAACCUUGAAGAUGUACCUACAUAUUUGAGUAAAUAUAUCGAUUCAAACCAUCUACAGGUUCAACGGAGUACAUUGGAAUUAGUGAGUGGAAAGAAAGCAAAAAAUGAUAUUUUGAAAUUCACUAAAGAUUGGUUCUCCCUAUACCAUGCUAUAAACGAUAAUACUUUAAUUGAUAGAUUGAUUGAACAUACACCAUAUAGAUAUUCUAAAUACCCACCAUUAUUAUUGUUUAACAAUUCGACUGUAAGAUCAUUUGAUCAUGACGUUUGGAAAUACAAUGUACCUGAUGAUGUUAGGGGACAAUAUUUCCAUGAUUUAUUGAAAUAUUUGUCAAAUAACGACAAUGAAUCAACAUACAGAUAUAUUGGUAUCAAUAAACCCAUCAUAUAUGAUGAUGUGAUGAGACAACCUAAAAACAUUAAGAUAGUAUAUCCUAGUGAUUCGACGGACGAGAUAUGGUGUCAAUUGAAACAGAAUGGGAUAUGGCAAGUUUGGAACCCAUUAUAUACGAUGUUUAGUCGUGGGAAUAUCAAAGAAAAGAAAAGGAUCUUGGAUACAUUCCAUGGAAGUUGUAAAGAUAUAGAUGUUGUUGAUUUAUAUUGUGGUAUUGGAUAUUUCAGUUUCAGUUAUUUAUUUAAUGGAGCAAGAAAUGUAUUUGGAUUCGAUAUUAAUCCAUGGAGUAUUAAAGGGUUACAAGAGGGCCUGCGUUUAAAUAAGUUUGGUCCUACCAGAUGUCAUUUUUAUAAUGAAAGCAAUGAGAUGAGUAUAGAGCGUAUACAACAGUAUAGGGAUUCGGAAUGUAAUGGAGAGAAGUUAUUGAUUAGACAUAUUAAUUUAGGAUUAUUACCAAGUAGUCGACAAGGUUGGCCCAUUGCAUUGAAGAUAAUAGACAUACAUAGUGACUUGGAAAGGGUACCUGAUCAAAGAGUAACACUUCAUAUUCAUGAGAACGUUCAUAUUGAUCAAAUAGAAGAUGACAGUUUUGUUCAAGACACAGUAAUUCCAGGAUUAAGACAUUUGAAUGCUAAAUACCAUUACCGAAAGGUCCAUGUUGAAAAGAUCAAGACGUUUGCACCAGAUAUUUGGCAUGUAUGCAUUGAUAUAGACGUUUAUAGAUAG